AUGAUCAUCAACAUUUUGGUGAAUUCUCCAAUCGGUAGUGUAUUUCCUGGUUCUAUUGAUGCUAGCAAUGAAUCUACCGAUUCCACCAAAAUGUACAAGUUGUUUGAAAGCACUAUUGAAAGAAUUGGACCGGGAAAUAUUGUACAAAUUGUCACCAAUAAUCGUAGUGAGAAUGUUAAAGAGGGAAGCAUGAUGAUGGGUGUGUACCCACACAUUUAUUGGACUCCAUGUGCCGCUCAUUGCAUCAACUUGAUGUUUGGUGACAUAUUCAAGGUUAAGCCAUACGCUUCCGUUUUUAAGAAGGCCAUCAGAAUCCAUUCUUACAUUAGUCAAAGGCCAUUGUUGUUAAACUUGAUGAGAGAAUUCACCAAUAAAAGAAAUUUGGUGAAACCGUCCAAGACAAGAUUUGCAACGGCCUUCUUGACUUUGAGAGCUAUGUACAUACAAAGAAAAAACUUGAGAACUUUAGUCCUCUCAACUGAAUGGACUUCAAGUAAAUUUGCAAAGGAAACUUUGGGGAAAGAAGUUGCCAAUCUUAUUAUUUCUGCCCACUUUUGGGAUGAUGUUGUUCGAGCACUUACAGUUUGUGGUCCUUUGACAAAAGUGCUUUGUUUGGUGUAUGGGGAGAAAAAACCACCAAUGAGCUAUAUUUAUGAAGCAAUGGAUAGAGCCAAAGAACUAUUGCACGGGGUGAUCCCCGAUAUAACAAUCCAAGAUUUACUAGUCGUUGAGCUUCCUAGGUACAAAAUGGCAGAUGGACUAUUUGGUUGUGGUCCGACUAAAAGAGCUAGAGACACAAGGUCGCCGGUUGAAUGGUGGUCUCUAUUUGGUAGUGAAACACCAAACUUGCAAAAGUUUGCCAUGAAAGUAUUAGGCCUAACUUGUAGCUCAUCCAGAUGUAAGCGAAAUUGGAGUGUGUUUGAACACAUUCAUUCCAAAAAGAGGAAUAGGCUUGCACUAUCGCAUCUCAAUGAUCUAGUGUACAUUAAGUACAAUAGAACAUUGAAAUGUCAUUAUGAUGCUCGUGAUCUCAUUGAUCCAAUUCGCUUAGAUAACAUUGAUGAUACAAAUGAAUGGUUAGUUGGAUGCCCCGAAGAUCAAGAAGAUGAACUAGUAUAUGAUGAUGAUGAUCUUACUUGGGGUAGUGUUGCUACGUCAAUUGGAGCUGAUGAGAGUAUCUAUCAUCUCAGGGGACUUUCUUCAAGAUCCAGAGCACUUGACAAGGGCAAAUGA